AUGGCGGCCCAAGCUGGCUACUCGAUAAACGUUAACGACCCCGGUCUUAUUUCUCUUGUCAAUAAAUUGCAAGAUGUCUUUACGACCGUUGGAGCACAAAACCCAAUAGAUUUACCGCAGAUUGUCGUGGUGGGAUCGCAAUCUAGUGGAAAGAGUUCCGUGUUAGAGAAUAUAGUUGGAAGAGACUUUUUACCUCGAGGCUCUGGCAUUGUAACUCGACGACCGCUUGUUCUCCAGCUUAUCAACAAGCCUCGCACCGAGAAGUCUCAAUCGAACGGUGUCAAAGAGGAGGACAAGCUAGAUACAACCGAUAGUGAGGCAAACGUUGACGAAUAUGGAGAGUUCCUUCAUAUCCCCGGCCAGAAAUUCCAUGAUUUCAACAAAAUCAGAGAAGAAAUUGUCCGAGAGACCGAUGCAAAGACCGGCCGCAAUGCCGGAAUCUCCCCCGCACCUAUCAACUUGAGAAUCUACUCUCCAAAUGUCCUCACGCUUACGCUGGUGGAUCUGCCCGGAUUGACAAAAGUGCCGGUUGGAGAUCAGCCAAAGGAUAUUGAGAAACAAAUAAGGGAAAUGGUGUUGAAACAGAUCAGCAAGUCGAAUGCGAUUAUUCUUGCAGUUACAGCUGCAAACCAAGAUUUGGCCAACUCUGACGGUUUGAAACUUGCUCGGGAGGUCGACCCAGAGGGGCAGAGGACCAUCGGAGUUUUGACCAAGGUCGAUCUUAUGGAUGCCGGAACCGAUGUUGUGGAUAUUCUUGCUGGUAGAGUUAUUCCACUGCGACUUGGUUACGUACCCGUUGUGAACCGAGGACAGCGAGAUAUUGAGAAUAAACGAACGAUCAGUUAUGCCCUUGAGCACGAGAAAAACUUUUUCGAAAACCAUGCCACGUACUCUUCGAAAUCUGCCUACUGCGGAACUCCAUACCUGGCAAGGAAGCUCAAUGUGAUUCUUAUGAUGCACAUUAAGCAAACCCUCCCCGACAUCAAAGCCCGCAUUGCAUCUUCUCUGCAGAAAUACACUACUGAGUUAAAUCAGCUUGGUGACUCGCUACUUGGAAACAGUGCCAACAUCAUCCUUAAUAUCAUCACGGAAUUCAGCAAUGAGUACCGAACCAUUUUGGACGGAAACAACCAGGAACUCUCAUCAGUCGAGCUCUCGGGAGGUGCACGUGUCAGCUUUGUUUUCCACGAACUCUACUCAAACGGUGUCAAGGCCAUCGAUCCCUUCGAUGUAGUGAAAGAUAUUGAUAUCAGAACGAUGUUAUACAACUCCUCCGGUCCUUCGCCAGCUUUGUUUGUUGGAACAGGUGCAUUCGAGUCUAUCGUUAAACAGCAGAUUAAGAGGCUCGAAGAACCUGGUUUGAAGUGUGUCUCCUUGGUCUACGACGAGCUCGUGAGAAUCCUUGCUCAGCUUUUGAACAAGCAACCUUUCAGGAGGUACCCCCAGCUGAAGGAACGAUUCCACGGAGUCGUAAUAUCCUUUUUUAAGAAAGUCAUGGAUCCAACAAAUAAGCUCGUUAGGGAUCUCGUUGCGAUGGAGGCUUGCUACAUCAACACUGGACAUCCCGAUUUCAUAACUGGACACAGGGCAAUGGCAAUCAUCAACGAGCGUCAAAACGCCUCGAAGCCAACGCAAGUUGACCCAAAGACUGGAAAACCCAUUCCACAUUCAGCCACUGUCCCACGAGCUGCGAGCCCCAGCCUUGAUCUGGGAGAAGGAAACCCAGGAUUUUUCGGCAGCUUCUUUUCGUCGAAGAACAGCAAGAAGAAGAUGGCUGCAAUGGAAGCCCCUCCACCAAUCCUGAAGGCUUCCGGAACUUUAUCUGAAAGGGAAAACACCGAAGUUGAGGUGAUAAAACUCUUGAUCAACUCGUAUUAUAACAUCGUCAAAAGAACGAUGAUUGACAUGGUUCCCAAAGCUAUCAUGUUAACACUUGUUCAGUUCACCAAGGAUGAAAUGCAACGGGAACUCCUAGGCAAUCUCUACCGCGCAGAAGAACCAGAUGACCUCCUCCGCGAAAGCGAAUUCACUGUUCGUCGCCGUAAGGAAUGCCAGAGAAUGGUUGAGAGUCUUACCAAGGCCAGCGAAAUUGUCAGUCAGGUUCAAUAA